ACAAUGUGUCAUAGCGGCCAGGUGAGACAAUGUUUAUAACGCAGCAGCUUGGCAGUAACACAGUUAUAUAGAGCAGAUAACGGAGCAGAUAGCACACACACACAGACUUUUUCAUAGGAGGAACGAAACAUGAGAAUACUUUUGCUUUUAGCUGCCAUAGCCGCAGCAUCACAGGCCCAGACUGACUGCUCUCGGGGGGCUUGUUACCCCCCCAGCAAUGACCUUCUGCUGGGCCGGUCUCACCAGCUCCAUGCCACCUCCACCUGCGGCCUGACAGGCUCCGAGGUCUACUGCACCCCAUACGAACAGCGGAGGAUGAAGUGUUGUCCAUGUGACUCCAGGAACCCAAACGCUCAGCUGGCCCACACUGUCCGGGAUGUCCUGUCCACUGCCGGACCGGAGAGAUGGUGGCAGUCCAGGAAAGAGCUGACUCCGGUGACUCUCCAGUUGGACCUGGGCAAUCUGUUCCAGCUGGACAACCUGCUGCUCAGCUUUAAGGGUCCUCGUCCAAAUGCCUUCGUUAUAGAGCGGACUCUGGAUAAUGGCAGGGUGUGGCAGCCCACCCUGUACUUGGCUACAGACUGUGCAAAAUCUUUUCCUGGCAUCCCAACAACAACUCCUCUGAAUCUGGAGCACACAUACUGCUACACACUGCCCCCUACUGGAGCAAACCCGUACCAUGAUCACACCAUCCAAUACAGUCCUUUGCGUCAGUAUGCCUAUGUUCCAGCUUCCAAAAGUCAAAAGAUUGAAGAUGUGUCGGGGGUGACGGGGCUGAGGGUGAGGCUCACAGAGCUGGGCGAUGUCCCCCGGCUCCCAGGCAGAGCGCUCAGCAGGUUCUAUGCCCUGAAGGAGAUGAGGGUGCUGGGCAGCUGUAUGUGCCAUGGACACGCCAACCGGUGCCUGCCAGAGGCCUACAACAGCCCACAGUCCAGCAUACAGGUGAAUCCUCAGUGUGACUGCCAGCACAACACAGCAGGUGUGAACUGUGAGCGCUGUGACGAGCUCUACAACGAUCUGCCCUGGAGCCCUGCAGAGGAGGGCGACCCACACACCUGCAAACGCUGUGAGUGUAACAACCAUGCUCAGCGCUGCCAUUUCGACCAGGCGGUGUACGAGGCCAGCGGGCGGAGUAGUGGAGGAGUGUGUGAGGGAUGUUUGCACCACACCACAGGGCCUAAGUGUGACCAGUGUGCCCCAGGCUACCAGCCUAACCCCCGCAGCCAAAUGGACCGACCUGAUGCCUGCCUACGCUGUGUCUGCAGUGCUGAGGGGACGGUGAAUGGGGGCCGGUGUGACGAGAGCACAGGUCUGUGCCAGUGCAAGGUGAAUGUUGAAGGGCCCCGCUGUGACCGCUGUAAGAGAGGCUACUACGGCCUGAGCGCCUCCAACCCUCUGGGCUGCUCCAAGUGUUCCUGUUCUGUAGACGGCUCGCUGGCAGAGGUGUGUGACCCGAUCACCGGCCAGUGCCCCUGCCGUCCUCACUUCCAGGGCCUGAACUGUGAAGUGUGUUCUGAAGGUUACUGGAAACCCUUUCUGUCAGGAGGCUGCACACCCUGCAACUGUGACCCCACCAGGUCAUACAGUGACAGAUGUGACCAGGUGACCGGUCAGUGUCAGUGCAGACCGGGCUUUCAAGGCCGAGGAUGCACCGAGUGCCCCGACAACACAUACGGAGACGCUCUUAUCGGCUGCAAGCCCUGUGAGUGUAACAACCAUGCUCAGCGCUGCCAUUUUGACCAGGCGGUGUACGAGGCCAGCGGGCGGAGGAGUGGAGGAGUGUGUGAGGGAUGUUUGCACCACACCACAGGGCCUAAGUGUGACCAGUGUGCCCCAGGCUACCAGCCUAACCCCCGCAGCCAAAUGGACCGACCUGAUGCCUGCCUACGCUGUGUCUGCAGUGCUGAGGGGACGGUGAAUGGGGGCCGGUGUGACGACAGCACAGGUCUGUGCCAGUGCAAGGUGAAUGUUGAAGGGCCCCGCUGUGACCGCUGUAAGAGAGGCUACUACGGCCUGAGCGCCUCCAACCCUCUGGGCUGCUCCAAGUGUUCCUGUUCUUUAGACGGCUCGCUGGCAGAGGUGUGUGACCCGAUCACCGGCCAGUGCCCCUGCCGUCCUCACUUCCACGGCCUGAACUGUGAAGUGUGUUCUAAAGGUUACUGGAAACCCUCUCUGUCAGGACGCUGCACACCCUGCAACUGUGACCCCACCAGGUCAUACAGUGACACAUGUGACCAGGUGACCGGUCAGUGUCAGUGCAGACCGGGCUUUGGAGGCCGAGGAUGCACCGAGUGCCCCGACAACACAUACGGAGACGCUCUUAUCGGCUGCAAGCCGUGUCGGUGUGAUGCUGAAGGAACACUUCCAGAAGUUUGUGACAAGCAGACCGGAGAGUGUCUGUGCCGUCCGGGCGUCACCGGGACCAGCUGUGACUCCUGCAGUCCGGGACACUGUGAUUCCUUCCCGGGCUGCUCCACGUGUCCCUCCUGCUUCUUCACGCUGGACGCCCAGAUACAAAACAUGAGCUCAGCUCUUGGGAAACUUUCCCCAACUGUCCCUACCCGUCCUGGAGGUUCUGGUGUUCUUGGAAACUUUGGACCUCGCAUCCGGGUCCUGGAGAACAACCUGUUCCAGAUCCAGGGCUCCAUCUUUCUUCCACUCAAUACCACCACACAGAUUGAUGAAGCUGUGUCCAAACUGGACAAGCUGAGGGACCAGAUGGACAAGAUUAACAAUGACCUUUCACCCAAGGAGAGAACUCCUGGUCUGGACUCAGAGCUGGACAAACUGCAGGCUCUGCUGGACAGCCUCACUCUGCAGUACAAAGCCAAGAUAGAUGCAAAGGACAAAACCGUCAGUCAAAACAAUUCAGGAGCUUUUUCUAUCAUCAAGAACGCCUACAAUGAGUCUACCGAUGCAGCUAAGAAAGUGGAUGACAGCAAAACCACAUUAAAGGAAUCAGCUGAUCUCAGAAAAGAGACUAUGGACAUUCGGAACCAAGUACAGCCCGCCAACACCAGAGACCUGGACAAACUGAACCAGAGCAUGGCCACCCAACCAGACCUCACUCCUGCUGCCAAACAGGUAUGUGGCAGUCUUCGCUCAGAGACCUGCACCCCUCUGAAGUGUGAGGGUGAAGACUUGUGUCCACCAGAGGGAACCCCCCUUUGUAAAAAGGGUGAAAAGUGUGUGGGUGCUGUGCCGCUCAGCAAGAGGGCCAACGCUGAUGUGAAGGACGUGAAGGACCGACUGGACCAGCUCUCUGGGAAGAUCACAGAUGCUGCAGAGAAGCUCCAGGAUGCACAGGAAAACACCAAUCAGGUGAGACUGACUGCAGAGAAGCUGUCCAAUAAGAUGAAGCAGGCCAGAGACGAUCUAGAAGACGACUUAAAGGAGACACGUGACGUUGUGAAAGACAUCAAGGAUUUCCUGUCAGACCCUUCCUCCAACCUGACCCACAUCCAGGAGGUGAGCGACUGGAUCCUGAGAGCAAAAUUACCUCUCAACCUGGCCGCUCUGAAGAGGAAGCUGGAGGAGCUGAAGGACCUGGCCACCAACCUGCCAGACAGCACGGCCGUGCUGAAGGAGGCGGAGCCGCAGCUGGAGACCGCCAAGAAACUGCUACAGGAAGCCAAGGACGCCAGGGAUACGGCAUUAGGAGUAAAGGAAGGUGUGGAUGAGUUGGUGGAAGGCAUCGUCUCGGAGGAGGACACCCUCUCUGACCUGGAGGACAAAGUGCAGGAGAGCAUGGAUCUCAUAGACAACCUGAGUGACACCCUCAACAAGGCCAAAGAGCAGCUGAUCCCGGCGGAGAAGACUCUGGAUGAUGUGUCAAAACUGACAAAACCGAUGAAGCCACAGCUGGACGAGCUUAAAGAGCUGCUGGAGAACGGAGGCCAGCUGGCUCUGGAUGCACAGGACAAUGCAGAAAACGCUCAGAAUGAGGCAGAUGAUGCUGAAGAGGACUUGGUGCCUUUGGAGGAGAAGCUGAAGGAGCUGAAGGACAAGGCUGCAGCCAGGGGCCCAGAGGGAGAGGCGGGGGCCGGAGGGGAGAGACUGGCCAAGUUAAAGGAGGACGUUGGCGUUCUGGCCAACACAACAGACACCAUGCUGAAGACCAUUGAAGGUAAAGCAGAUUCCCUCAGGUCGCUGCAGGAUGAGAUUCUACAGAAGUCCAAACAGCUUGAAGGGCUGGAUGUCCUACUUGAAAAUCUUUUGAGAAAGCUUCGAGAUAAAGCCCGCGACCUUAGCAUCUGCCAGGCCUGAGAGGCCCCCAGGAGCCCAGGAGCAACACUUCAUACCAGCCCUCCACACCAUGCACUGCUUCUACUAUCAGAAAGAAAGCUGUCACUCCUUUCCUUUUGAACACUGCUAUAACUCCUGUCUAUAACAUUAUACCUCUUCUUUGGCAGUUCAAUGAAUUGUGGGAAAUGUAGGACGUCAUUAUCUAGAGUCGAAUGUGAUAGAAUGAGGGGGGUAGGAAAAGGGUUCAGGAAGACACAUAACUGAGUACUCUGUCCUACAAUAACUCCUGGAUAUACUGAACAGUAAAGACCAUUGUUAGUAACAGUGUCAAAGUAACAAUAGUGAGGGUUCCAUGUAUUUAACUCAGAAUGUGUGUACAUACCUUUCAAAAGCACCAAUAUUAUGACAUUAUGUAGGUGUAUUUCAAUAUUUGGUCAAACACAUAGUGAUAUUGUGAGGCCGUCAGUUUCAUUUUCAUCAUUUAGCACUUUACUUUUUAAAAAAACCCACAGCUUCUGACUUUAUGACAACAGAGAGCAAACACACAUAUGAUGAACAUUGCACCACAACUAUUGUAUUUGAAUAAUACAAAACUGAAAAAUGGUGAAUGUUAACUUAUUUAUUCUCUGUAUUGCAUGUAUUGUUUGUGCAAAAUCCUGUAGUAUUUAAAUAAAGGUUUUUAUUACUUUGA